CAUUUGAACAUAGUUGGCCGGUUGUCGUCCUUCUCACUCUUAAUAGAAAUAUGAACAAAACGAACGGAACCUAAUGAUUUUCGGGAAAUUACUCUUUUUUUUAACAUAUAUCAUUUCAUUUAUUGUUUAUUCUCAUCAACAAGUAACAACAGAUAUAAGCAUAUCAAAUGUAUUAGAAACAAGCUCCCUUCCACUUAAACAAUCAAUUGCUACCUCUUUGGAUCUACAAUUUUCAAUUGAUAAUACUGGCUUGAAUGUUCCCGCUGCUACUACUCCAGAUAUUAUUUACACAUUUUACGUCAGAUAUGAAAAUGUUGGCGAAAACUUAGGACUCUCUGAAAUAUUAUUGACUGGGGUAACUCCUAGUCAAUCUGAUGCUCAUAAUACUGGUCUUACAAAAUUAUUUUCCGUAUCCUCUAUAUCACUAACCAUUCCGGCGGCAAGCUGUUUAGUUAUAACGAAACUUUGCGUCAGGGUUUCACCAAACGUUGCUCAUAUCACAGACGCCAAUGCUGCUAAUGACUUAUCUUGUUUAGAUAUUGAAAGCAGAAAAUCAUGCGCUCCGGAUCCAUCUUUGACAACUUUUACAUCAUUAACUUCAUCAUCAAUAUCUACAAACUACUUGAAAAGAGAUACUGCAGGCACAAUUACUUUAUCGGUCACCGUUCAAAAUUCGGCGGCAUCUGGAUCAGGCAAUGAUAUAACUGCCGUUACUGGGGCCAGUCAGAACUUUGAGUUUCAAUGCACUCUCGCUGAAGUUGAUCUAAAAAGUAAUGCAGGAACUUCUUCAUAUUCAUCUCCUUCUGGGAUAACAAUGGAUGUCCAACAAGCACUAAAUGCUGGAGCUUCAGUAUCAAGUGAUAUGACAAUUUCCUACACUCUAACAUCGGCCAAUUGUGCUUCAACCCAUUUUAUUUGUGUUAAAUUAUCCAUUCCUUCCACAGCCAGCUACAAUGAUAUUAAUACUGCUGACAGCAGUAAUGUUAUUUGUACUAGCAUUGAUACAUUGAAAGUUUGUACUCCUCUUCUUGGACUUUCAAUUACGUCUUUGGUAUCACAAGCUACUCCACCAAUUUAUAAAGCGAAUGUAGCAACCACAACAAACGUUCUUGUAUCAAUAGGCAACACAGCAGCAAACACACCAUCUGGUCAUGGAAAUGAUAUUCCUCUUGCAGAUAGCGGAGGAAUCAAUUACUUACUAACCGCUAGAUUCAGGAACUCUGCAGACAACUUAGGAUUAGCAUCGCAAACCGUAACACUCAAUACACCAUCUCAUGCAGAAAGAGCACUUUCCGCAUCGGGAAGUUCAGAAAAUUUUGAUGGAACUGUUGUUGUGACACUUCCAACAGCAAAUUGUGGUGAUAUAACAUACCUCUGUAUUAAGGUUGAAACUGGUACAGGUGCGACAUACGUUGCUACAGCCGUUGAACAAUGUUCAGAUAUAACAGCUAUCAAGUCCUGUCCCACUAAUGUCGAAGUAACUGUUUUAGCUAUUUCAGGAGGUGGGACUUAUCUUAAAAAGGAUACUACAACUUCAUAUUCCACAACAUCAACAAUCUCUAACACUGGAUCAAACAUUCUUGUUAAUCCUUCUCAAGAUAACUUUAUUAUAGAAUACCAACUGUCGAAUGUCGAUGUUAGAAGUACAGGUUUGGCUUCGAAUACUUUAGGCCAUACAGCAGUUACAGCCACAGUGACACCGGUCUCCGACUUACGAACUGGUUUAUUAAAUGCUGGAACGUUUGCAUUUACGUGUCAAGGCUCAGUACAAAAUCCAGUGGGUAAAUGUAUUGAAACUAGAUGGCUUUGCAUACAUAUCUAUCCUGCCGGAACAGCCACUUAUGAAGAUACAGAUAACACAGAUGAUUGGAGGUGCAUAUCGCUUUCCCGUACAUGUGAUACUGAUCCUACAAUAAAUUUACCUCUUACAAUAUCGCCAACAAAUACUUAUGCUAUACAAGAUUCGGCUAAUUUGAUUGGAAUAUCGACUGUUGUGGCUAACUCUGCAACAUUCACUGUAGGUAACAAUAUUAUAGCAGUCACGGGUUCAGAUGCUAACUUCGCUUUCGAAGUGUCUCUAUCAAAUGUUGAUCUAAGAACAACUGCAGGAACAGAGAGUUGGCAAACUGUUAGUGGAAUAUCUUCCGGCACUCUUCAACAAGGUCUAAAUGGUCAAGCAACAUUUUCCUUAACGGCCUCCUAUAGUUUAACACUAACAUCUGCCACGUGUAGCUCGAGUAAAUUCUUUUGUUUGAAAUUAAUUGUACCAGCCACAUCUAGCUAUUUGGACAUUGAUUCAGCAGCAUCUAGUAACAUUGCUUGUUCUGACCUAAACGCACAUAAAGUAUGUGAUCCACAGUUAAGUUUAGCCAUAACUUCAAUUGACCCACAAUCUACACCGAAAACCUAUAAAGCUGGUAUAUCUCAAACUAUUGAUUAUGAUGUUGUUCUCUCAAAUACUGGGAGCACAACACCGGCCGAUCAUGGAAACGAUAUUCCAGCUGCUGUUGGAGCUUCGGACGUCAAUUGGCUUUUAAAAACUAGAUAUACUGACAGUGAUACUGCAGACACUCUCGCUUUAAGUGAACAAACUGUUACAUUAACUACUUCCAGUGUUGGACGAAGUGGAUUAGCCGCUGGAGGAACGUUAAACCUUGUUGGAUCUGCAACUAUCACUUUACCUUCAGCUCAAUGUUCGAGUAUUAAAUUCUUGUGCAUUAGUAUUUCACCCGGAAGCAUGGCGACCCAUACUGAACCUACAGUUUCUAAAUGUAAAGAUAUUGAAGCGGACAAAAUUUGUUCACCAGAUCCGUCUUUAACUGCUUUGGCUUCAUUGACCAGUGCUUCGAUUAAUUCGAAACGUUUGAUGAGGAAUACGGCUGGUGUUGUUACUUUAUCUGUCACCGUUCAAAAUUCGGCGGCAUCUGGAUCAGGCAAUGAUAUAACUGCCGUUACUGGGGCCAGUCAGAACUUUGAGUUUCAAUGCAGUCUCGCUGAAGUUGAUCUAAAAAGUAAUGCAGGAACUUCUUCAUAUUCAUCUCCUUCUGGGAUAACAAUGGAUGUCCAACAAGCACUAAAUGCUGGAGCUUCAGUAUCAAGUGAUAUGACAAUUUCCUACACUCUAACAUCGGCCAAUUGUGCUUCAACCCAUUUUAUUUGUGUUAAAUUAUCCAUUCCUUCCACAGCCAGCUACAAUGAUAUUAAUACUGCUGACAGCAGUAAUGUUAUUUGUACUAGCAUUGAUACAUUGAAAGUUUGCACUCCUCUUCUUGGACUUUCAAUUUCAUCUUUGGUAUCACAAGCUACUCCACCAAUUUAUAAAGCGAAUGUAGCUACCACAACAAACGUUCUUGUAUCAAUAGGCAACACAGCAGCAAACACACCAUCUGGUCAUGGAAAUGAUAUUCCUCUUGCAGAUAGCGGAGGAAUCAAUUACUUACUAACCACCAGAUUCAGGAACUCUGCAGACAACUUAGGAUUAGCAUCGCAAACCGUAACACUCAAUACACCAUCUCAUGCAGAAAGAGCACUUUCCGCAUCGGGAAGUUCAGAAAAUUUUGAUGGAACUGUUGUUGUGACACUUCCAACAGCAAAUUGUGGUGAUAUAACAUUCCUCUGUAUUAAGGUUGAAACUGGUUCAGGUGCGACAUACGUUGCUACAGCCGUUGAACAAUGUUCAGAUAUAACAGCUAUCAAGUCCUGUCCAACUAAUGUUGAAGUAACUGUUUUCACUGAUUCUUCAAGUCCAACUUAUCUUAAAAAGGACACUUCGACCUCAUAUUCCACAACCGCAACAAUCUCUAACACUGGAUCAAACAUUCUUGUUAAUCCUUCUCAAGAUAACUUUAUUAUAGAAUACCAACUGUCGAAUGUCGAUGUUAGAAGUACAGGUUUGGCUUCGAAUACUUUAGGCCAUACAGCAGUUACAGCCACAGUGACACCGGUCUCCGACUUACGAACUGGUUUAUUAAAUGCUGGAACGUUUGUAUUUACGUGUCAAGCUUCAGUACAAAAUCCUGUGGGUAAAUGUAUUGAAACUAGAUGGCUUUGCGUUCAUAUCUAUCCUGCCGGGACUGCCACGUAUGAAGAUACGGAUAACACAGAUGAUUGGAGGUGCAUAUCGCUUUCCCGUACAUGUGAUACUGAUCCUACAAUAAAUUUACCUCUUACAAUAUCGCCAACAAAUACUUAUGCUAUACAAGAUUCGGCUAAUUUGAUUGGAAUAUCGACUGUUGUGGCUAACUCUGCAACAUUCACUGUAGGUAACAAUAUUAUAGCAGUCACGGGUUCAGAUGCUAACUUCGCUUUCGAAGUGUCUCUAUCAAAUGUUGAUCUAAGAACAACUGCAGGAACAGAGAGUUGGCAAACUGUUAGUGGAAUAUCUUCCGGCACUCUUCAACAAGGUCUAAAUGGUCAAGCAACAUUUUCCUUAACGGCCUCCUAUAGUUUAACACUAACAUCUGCCACGUGUAGCUCGAGUAAAUUCUUUUGUUUGAAAUUAAUUGUACCAGCCACAUCUAGCUAUUUGGACAUUGAUUCAGCAGCAUCUAGUAACAUUGCUUGUUCUGACCUAAACGCACAUAAAGUAUGUGAUCCACAGUUAAGUUUAGCCAUAACUUCAAUUGACCCACAAUCUACACCGAAAACCUAUAAAGCUGGUAUAUCUCAAACUAUUGAUUAUGAUGUUGUUCUCUCAAAUACUGGGAGCACAACACCGGCCGAUCAUGGAAACGAUAUUCCAGCUGCUGUUGGAGCUUCGGACGUCAAUUGGCUUUUAAAAACUAGAUAUACUGACAGUGAUACUGCAGACACUCUCGCUUUAAGUGAACAAACUGUUACAUUAACUACUUCCAGUGUUGGACGAAGUGGAUUAGCCGCUGGAGGAACGUUAAACCUUGUUGGAUCUGCAACUAUCACUUUACCUUCAGCUCAAUGUUCGAGUAUUAAAUUCUUGUGCAUUAGUAUUUCACCCGGAAGCAUGGCGACCCAUACUGAACCUACAGUUUCUAAAUGUAAAGAUAUUGAAGCGGACAAAAUUUGUUCACCAGAUCCGUCUUUAACUGUUUUGGCUUCAUUGACCAGUACUUCGAUUAAUACGAAACGUUUGAUGAGGAAUACGGCUGGUGUUGUUACUUUAUCUGUCACCGUUCAAAAUUCGGCGGCAUCUGGAUCAGGCAACGAUAUAACUGCCGUUACUGGGGCCAGUCAGAACUUUGAUUUUCAAUGCACUCUCGCUGAAGUUGAUCUAAAAAGUAAUACAGGAACUUCUUCAUAUUCAUCUCCUUCUGGGAUAACAAUGGAUGUCCAACAAGCACUUAAUGCUGGAGCUUCAGUAUCAAGUGAUAUGACAAUUUCCUACACUCUAACAUCGGCCAAUUGUGCUUCAACCCAUUUUAUUUGUGUUAAAUUAUCCAUUCCUUCCACAGCCAGCUACAAUGAUAUUAAUACUGCUGACAGCAGUAAUGUUAUUUGUACUAGCAUUGAUACUUUGAAAGUUUGCACCCCUCUUCUUGGACUUUCAAUUACGUCUUUGGUAUCACAAGCUACUCCACCAAUUUAUAAAGCGAAUGUAGCAACCACAACAAACGUUCUUGUAUCAAUAGGCAACACAGCAGCAAACACACCAUCUGGUCAUGGAAAUGAUAUCCCUCUUGCAGAUAGCGGAGGAAUCAAUUACUUACUAACCACCAGAUUCAGGAACUCUGCAGACAACUUAGGAUUAGCAUCGCAAACCGUAACACUCAAUACACCAUCUCAUGCAGAAAGAGCACUUUCCGCAUCGGGAAGUUCAGAAAAUUUUGAUGGAACUGUUGUUGUGACACUUCCAACAGCAAAUUGUGGUGAUAUAACAUUCCUCUGUAUUAAGGUUGAAACUGGUUCAGGUGCGACAUACGUUGCUACAGCCGUUGAACAAUGUUCAGAUAUAUCAGCUAUCAAGUCCUGUCCAACUAAUGUUGAAGUAACUGUUUUCACUGAUUCUUCAAGUCCAACUUAUCUUAAAAAGGACACUUCGACCUCAUAUUCCACAACCGCAACAAUCUCUAACACUGGAUCAAACAUUCUUGUUAAUCCUUCUCAAGAUAACUUUGUUAUAGAAUAUCAACUGUCCAAUGUCGAUAUAAGAAGUACUGGAGUGGCUUCAAAUACUUUAGGCCAUACAGCAGUUACAGCCACAGUGACACCGGUCUCCGACUUACGAACUGGUUUAUUAAAUGCUGGAACGUUUGUAUUUACGUGUCAAGCUUCAGUACAAAAUCCUGUGGGUAAAUGUCUUGAUAGUAGAUGGCUUUGCAUACAUAUCUAUUCCGCCGGGACUGCCACAUAUGAAGAUACAGAUAACACGGAUGAUUGGAGGUGCAUAUUGCUUUCCCGUACAUGUGAUACUGACCCUACAAUAAAUUUACCUCUUACAAUAUCGCCAACAAAUACUUAUGCUAUACAAGAUUCGGCUAAUUUGAUUGGAAUAUCGACUGUUGUGGCUAACUCUGCAACAUUCACUGUAGGUAACAAUAUUAUAGCAGUCACGGGUUCAGAUGCUAACUUCGCUUUCGAAGUGUCUCUAUCAAAUGUUGAUCUAAGAACAACUGCAGGUACAGAGAGUUGGCAAACUGUUAGUGGAAUAUCUUCCGGCACUCUUCAACAAGGUCUAAAUGGUCAAGCAACAUUUUCCUUAACGGCCUCCUAUAGUUUAACACUAACGUCUGCCACUUGUAGCUCGAGUAAAUUCUUUUGUUUGAAAUUAAUUGUACCAGCCACAUCUAGCUAUUUGGACAUUGAUUCAGCAGCAUCUAGUAACAUUGCUUGUUCUGACCUAAACGCACAUAAAGUAUGUGAUCCACAGUUAAGUUUAGCCAUAACUUCAAUUGACCCACAAUCUACACCGAAAACCUAUAAAGCUGGUAUAUCUCAAACUAUUGAUUAUGAUGUUAUUCUCUCGAAUACCGGGAGCACAACACCGGCAGAUCAUGGAAACGAUAUUCCAGCUGCUGUUGGAGCUUCGGACGUCAAUUGGCUUUUAAAAACUAGAUAUACUGACAGUGAUACUGCAGACACUCUCGCUUUAAGUGAACAAACUGUUACAUUAACUACUUCCAGUGUUGGACGAAGUGGAUUAGCCGCUGGAGGAACGUUAAACCUUGUUGGAACUGCCACUAUCACUUUACCUUCAGCUCAAUGUUCGAGUAUUAAAUUCUUGUGCAUUAGUAUUUCACCCGGAAGCAUGGCGACCCAUUCUGAACCUACAGUUUCUAAAUGUAAAGAUAUUGAAUCGGACAAAUCAUGUUCUCCUGAUCCAAAAGUUUCUUCUCUUUCCAUAAGUCCAGGAGGGUUGAAGUUUAACUCUGACACUGACCUUGCGAUAACAAUUCAAUCAGACAUUGAAAAUGUUGGGACUGCUGGUAAUGAUUUACCACCUAAUCCUGGUUCGACUAAUUUCGAUGCCGAAAUGUUUUUUUCUAGUGCUGAUGUUCGGGCAGGGGGUACAGAUACUUUGACUGCCACAAAGUAUGCUGUUACAGUUACAAGUAAUAAAGACGCUGGUAUAGCAGCUGGAGCCACUGUCACUUUAGAUGGAUCUGUAACUGUGCGUCUGGGAAAUGAAUGUGAGAAUGCAAAAUUUCUCUGUUUUACUUUAAAAGCAGCUUCAACAGCGACAUAUGCAGAUGAAGAUGUAAGUGCAUCAAGUAAUACAUUCUGUAACGAUAUUAGUUCUUCCAAGUUUUGUAGAUCAGAUUUGAAAAUUUCAUCCCUAACGCUUACAAGUAAUAAUUUCAUACAAGACCAAGCGAACUCUUUAAAUAUUGAAUUCGAUUUGGGUAAUGACGGAGCAGCCGGUAUUCAAUCUACAACGCUUCCGACUGUUAAUAAAGAGAUCAAAGUUAAAGCUUCGGAUCAAGACUUAGGCUCUGUAGGUGCAAGCUCAGAUACUUUGGGAGCAGUUGCAACUGAUUUAUCAGUCAGUCCCGCAAGUCAAAAGUCUGCAGGGCUACUUUCCGGUAGUUCAGUUCAUAUAACUGGGACUGUUUCGAUUACCAUUUCUGCUGCUCAAUGCCAGAAUGCCUUAUGGCUUUGCGUGUCUGUCCUUCCUCCUACUGGUGCCACUUAUAUUGAUUUAGAUGAAUCGAAUAAUUGGGAAUGCAUUGAUAUCUCAACAAAACGAACUUGUUUACCAGAUCCAAAGUUCGCAGCAAGUUCUUUAACUGAAACUUCCAGUCAAGCUUUUAUUAUUGGUACAACUAAAACACUUUCUUUUAGCUUCGAUAUAACAAAUGGAGCGUCAGCAGUAUCGGGAAAUACUGUUUUGGCUGUGACAGGAGUAAACGUAAACUUUGGAUUUUCGGCACUCUUAACAAAUGCUGACAUAGGAGGUGGAGGUACGGAUACCCUGAGUCAAACGCCUGUUGCUGUCACAGUUAGCCUUGCUUCUCUACAGCAAAGUUUAGCUCCAAGUGCUACCGCAACAGUAACUGGAACUGCAACAAUAACCUUUCCUAGUGGUCUUCAGUGCACGCAAUUAACUCAUGUCUGCAUAACUUUAAUAGUAGGAACGGGAGCUAGUUACACUGAUGCUGAUACAACUAAUAAUGUGAUUUGUCUAGACAUUACAAAUAGGAAAACAUGCGGUCCAGAUCCUGCUUUGGUAUCUGUAACGGAAGCGGCAAAUGCCAAUUUAGAUACAGGUGUUGCAAAAACACUUUCAAUAUCCGUAUCAAUAGAGAACAAAGCUGCAGCGUCAAGUGGAAAUGACCUUUUGAGUGUUAUAGCCCCAAAUGCAAACUUUAUUCUCGAGUCACAAUUCUCAGAUGUAGAUAUUGGUAAUGGUGGAACGGAUACACUUGCUUUGGCCAAAUCAGCUGUAACUAUUACACCUGCAUCAGAUGCUCUUAAAGCCAUAAGCCAAGGUGCAACUGAAACAAUCGGUGCUACAGCUUCAGUCACUGUACCCUCUGGUUCCUCAUGUCAAAGUGUGACAUACUUGUGCUUCCAUCUAUCGGUAGGAACAGGAGCUAGUUAUAUUGAUGCCGAUUUGAAUAAUAAUGUUGUUUGCAAGGAUAUCAGUGCACAAAAAGCUUGUCAGCCUGACUUAACUAUCACGAGUAUUGGCAUAACACCUGGUACCUUCUUAAAGAUGAACACAGCGGUUACUGUUGUUUCAAAUGUCACAAUACAAAAUGCGGCAUCUGGCAGCCGGUCAAAUAUUGCUACCGCAACUGCUCCAGUAACAAACUAUGCUCUUCAAUAUAAACUUUCUAGAGAUAAUUUAGAAACAAACGUAGACACACUAGGUCUCUCCCCUGUAACCGCAACGGGAUUACCAGUAUCUGAUCUCAGACUGAGCUUGGCUUCUCAAGAAUCAAUAACAGUACAAAUAACGGGAGAUUUAACAGUUCCAAUAUUGGAUUGUAAAUUAGUAUUAUAUCUAUGCGUAAGAGUAGAUCCAGGUACUGCAGGGUAUACGGAAAUGCUGUCAACUAAUAAUUACAAGUGCGAAAGUAUUACAGCAAAAAGAACAUGUGGCCCUAACGUAGACAUUCAAACACUCACUCAACCAUCAUCCGCAAUGAUAAAUGAGGGCUCAACUACUGAAUUAAAUUUUCAACUGCAAAUUGUUAACAUUGCAACAGCCGCAACAGAGAAUGAUGUCUUGGCUGUGAUAUCCCCCGCGUCCAACUAUAAAGUUACUGUCCAGCUAUCUAAUGCUAAUUUAGAAACAGGUGGAACCGACACCUUGGGAUUAACAACUGUUGAUUUAACAAUACCGGAUAAUACUCAAACAGUUCAAGAUUUGAUUGCUGCAGGACCUGCAAAAACAUUAGAUUCCAUUGCAAAUUUUACAGUUCCCGACGGUAAAUGCAUAGGAUUGCUAUUCGCUUGCGCAACAAUAGCGCCCGAAGCUUCUUCCAGUUACGUUGACGUUGAUACCUCAAAUAAUGUGCAAUGUAUUGAUAUUUCGGGUCAAAGACAAUGUAGACCUGUAUGGAGUAAUUUACCGGCCAGUAUUAUAAUUAACGAAGAUGAGUCGAUUGAAAGGAUAUUAAUAACGGCUGCUGCCACUGACCCAAUUGGUGAAAGUUUAACAUAUGAAAUGUCACCAAGACAACCAAGCGUUCCUUUUAAAAUAACAAGCGACGGGAAGAUUAGUAUAAUAAAUGCGCCUAAUUUGGAUUUUGAACCUGGUCCUCGUCAAUAUAUAUUAAAUGUUUAUGUAUCUGAUGGAGUAUUUAAUGAAACAACAACAUACACGGUUAAUGUAGCGGAUGUAAAUGAAGCUCCUAAUAUAACUAAUUUACCAAUGACAAUUACACCAUCAGAAAAUUUAAAAGGAAAUCUAUUUACAAUCACAGGAGUAGAUGUAGAUUCUGGUGAUAGUAUUACUUAUAGUUUCACUACAGUUCCUGCAACAACUGCCGGUCAACCUUUUAAUAUUAAUACUGGAACUGGGGCAAUAGAGGUGGCGUGGCCACCUGGAUUGGAUUAUGAAAAAGUUACAUCAUAUGUUAUGACAGUUACAGCUACUGAUAGUUCUGGCCUUACUAGUAUUAAAGAUUUAACAAUUGACGUUGUUAAUGCUCCCGAUCCACCGGAAAUUAAUAAUUUACCUGCAUCAAUAGCGAUUCUAGAAAAUGUUACCACUUCCGCAGUGUUUUUCUCUAUCAACGCUACAGAUUUACAAAAUGAUGAUAUUCUCUUUAAUUUAUCUGUAACACCAGCUUCAGCACAAAAUAAGUUUUUUAUACAAAAUGGACACGAAAUUGCAUUUAUUGACAACCCUGACUUUAAUGGAGCAACAGAACCCUUAAUUACCAUCACAGUUGUGCCAUACGAUACAACAUCCUUAGUUGGAAUAAGUCAAAUUUUAACUUUAAACGUUAUUAAUGCUAAUGACGAACCAAAGAUUCAUAAUUUACCAUCAAGUAUCAGUAUUCCAGAGGAUUUCGCUAUGGGAACUCCAGUAUUUACGAUAAAUUGGGAGGAUAGAGAUGGUGAUCAAGUUAAUUGGGUAUAUACUGUUUCUCCAUCUAAUAUGUCUACAGCCUUCAAUAUAUCUAAUAAUGGACUUAUUCACAUAACUAAUAAUCCUAGGUUGGAUUAUGAAACGCUUCAAAAGAUAACGAUUACUAUAUCUGCAUGCGAUAUAGCUAUUUGUACAAACAACAAAGUUUUAGCAGUGAAUAUUAAAAAUGUAGAUGAAGCACCACGAUUUACGCCUUCUUCCUUGAAAGCUAACCUUCCAGAAUCAAGUCCUGUUGGGGGCUAUGUAACUUUAAAAUUUAACGCAUCAGAUGACGAUAUUGGAGAUUCUUUUGCGUUUAAAUUGAGUAGCGGAAUUCACAAUGAUUAUUUUACUAUUAAUCCAACAAAUGGACAGUUAAAGCUUAUUAAAGAAUUAGACUAUGAGAAUUCUUCGCUACCAAAAUCGUUUAUAUUUGGAAUAAUUGCUACGGAUUCAACGAGCUUAUCGUCUAGCUUAAGUGUUAUUAUAAAUGUUACAAAUGUCAACGAGCAUCCGCCUGUAUUUUUGCCCUCACUUUAUAGGGCAACUGUAAAGGAAAAUUCACCACCCGGUGUUACCGUUGUGCAAGUUUCUGCCACAGAUGGUGAUUCAGACAUAUUUGGCCGAUUAGAGUUUUCAAUUUCGGUUUUAAAUAAUGGUUCUACCUAUUUGAAAGCCAUACAAAUAAGUAAUACAAAAGCCGUUAUUGUUACAAGUACGACACCGUACGACAGAGAGAAAACUCCAGUUCAUAGCGCUUAUGUCUAUGCUGGAGAUGGGGGAAGGACGUAUCAGAGGGCCCAUCUGUUGAUAACAAUUUUAGACGACAACGAUAAUCCUCCAGUAUUUAAUCCGUCGUGGUACAAUAUGGAGGUUAGCUGGGAUGCACCUGUAGCGACAAGCGUAAAAAAAAUAGAAGUUACCGAUCCUGAUUCAAGUGAUACUCGAUUUACCUACACAGCUUUACAACCAGAUACUUAUUUUUAUAUUGGCGCAUUAGAUGGACAAGUUACAGUCAAUGGAAAACUUGAAAAUGAUAGAGUAUACAUCCUUUUUGCAACAGCAACCGAUAUGGUAGGCCAUAAAAGUACAAACAAAGCAACAAUACGAGUUGAUACAUAUGAUAGAAAUUUAAUCUUAACUAAUUGGACUGUAACAACAACUAGUGGUACAUUUACAGAAGAGGAUAUCAAGGAAUUUGAAAGAAAUAUUAGCACUUCCUGUACUCCUUGCUCAGCUAAGGUCACUAAAGUUGUUUUGACUGCAGAUCCUAAAAAAUUUGUUCUACUAACUUACUUCCUUGCUGAUAAUGGAACUUCACCUGGAGAUACUAAAACCCCGAAGAACUAUUUAUCACAGGAUAAGGUUGUUGAUCAAUUUCAAAAAAAUUCUGUUAAUCAAAGAAUAGGAGAAAUGACAAUUGAAUCAAUGGGACCAUAUAAAGAAACUAAAAAGGAAAAUUGGUGGACAGAUACAGCUGGCGGACAAGCAGUCAUCGCUGUAAUAUGCUUUUCUUCUCUAGUUAUUGUUACUCAUGCAAUUGCCUAUGCUGCUGAUGUAUUUUACUUCAAAGGAAGAGCACGAUAUCGAUUCUUCAAGUUCCAAACGAAUGGAAGAUCUCCUAAAUCUCUAUCGAGUGCAUCUGUCGCUCCUUCGGAACAGCCUCAAUCAUCUGGAUCAGGAGCUACAGUUAAAGACGUUGAAUUACGUUUAAAUAGUUCUGAAACGGCGACUGGGGGUGGUCCAUCAAUUCCUGCAGCAGAUUCUUAAUGAAAAAUUAAGAAAUUAUUGUUGAAAAUGCUCAAUAAGAAGAAAAUGUGUCUCACUUACUUCUCUUCGCAAUUAACUCUUUUGAGCGAAGAUCUCUCAUGAUAUAUCUUAUAUAUAUAUAUAUUUAUAUUUAUUUAUAGCUUGAUAUAUUCACAGUUUUAUAAUAUUCUUUUGGUUAUAUUGAAUACAUAAAUAAGAAUGUAAGG